AUGUCAAUUGACCUUGGAAAUAUUGAAAAUGAUAAACGGACUGAAGAAAAUGAUUCAGAAUCGGACGUGGAUUCGUUGACCGAGGACUUAGAUCAGAUUGGCAGACUUAAUUUGAGUAUGCCAUUGAACUUGAAUUUAUCUUUGUCAUCGUAUAUAAAUAACCUUCCAAACAUGCCAACGUUUGAUAUAAGAAAUCUAAGGAAUUUGCCUAAGGUUCAAGAAUUUUCGAAUGAAAUAUCAAGAUAUAUAUCCACACAUAAGAGUGGUUCAUCGGAUACAGCACCACCUGAAGUACAACAGACGACGAUUAAUUCGAUGAAAACUGCAAUUUCCACACGUAUUCAAAUGCAUAAUUUUUUACAUGAUUUGGACUUAGGUUUAUCUUUAGCAACCGCUAUCGAUAGGUUGCAACCGUUGACCAAUAUUAUCCAUGAGACAAUAUUUUUACCGGCAGAAGACACUAGUGAUUUCGAAGAUGAUUAUGAUAUAGAUAGAGAGAGGGGACUGGAAAGUAACCCGAAUCAGAAUUCUACAGAGCCUGUUGGUGUUGAUGCUAUCGUUAAUCGUCAUCAACCAUUUGUGAGUAAUAUAGUGAAACCGGACAAUGAGGACAGCCACAGUAGUGACUUCAAGAGGAAAAGAAGACGUCACCUUCAUGGAGCAAGAAGCUUAUCUGACGAGGACAGUGCUACAGCUACAGGAAGUGAUUUGGAUAACGUAGAAGGAUUAUCUAUUGACGAGGUCAAAGCAUUGACAGACUUAUCCUCACUAGAUGAUUUUUAUCAAGAAAGUUUACUCAGAAAAAAGAUCCAGAAAAUCCAGGGAUUAGAUAACUUGAGUCAAACACUGAAAAACAAAUUGGUUACAAGAUUAAUGAUGGGUAAUUAUUAUAAAUAUGUAAAUGAGAACUUGGCUAAAAAUAACAUGUCUUUAUCACCAAUUCUUAAAAAGCAACAGUUAGUUUUGAACAAAGAAGACUCGCCAGAAAGAAGUAUUUCCGAAGUGAUAAUGGAGGAUAAUGAAAGAAUAGAUGAACAACAAUCCACAUCUCAAGAAGGACGGACUGAAUCGGAGGUUGAAACAUUAUCAGAGGACGAUGAUGAUGCGGUAAUUCUCACAGAGAAAGAUCAAGAACCAUCGUAUCAUGAUGCUCCGUUAAAUAACAUAAUGGGAUGCUCGCAUUACCAAAGAAACUGCAAAGUUGAAUGUCCUACUUGCUUUAAAUGGUUUCCAUGCAGAUUUUGUCACGACAGCGAAAUAUCAUCACAUAAAUUGAUAAGAGAAGAUAUAAAGCAUAUUCUCUGUAUGAAGUGCAAUACUCCUCAAAUACCGGAGAGUAAUUAUUGCAUUUCUUGUGAAGCCGAAUUGGCUAACUACUUUUGUCUCAAAUGUAAGUUAUAUGACAAUGAUCCAACUAAGGAUAUUUAUCAUUGCGAUAAAUGUGGAAUUUGUCGACUAGGAUUGGGGUUGGGAAAAGAUUUCUAUCAUUGUGACGAGUGUAAUAUAUGCUUAUCGAUAGAUUUAAGAGAGAGGCACAAGUGCCUAACAAAUACGACACAUUGUAAUUGUCCUAUUUGUAACGAAUAUUUAUUUACUUCUGUCAAUAAAGUCGUAUUCAUGAAAUGUGGUCAUCUGAUACAUCAAAUGUGUUAUGAUGAACUAAGUAAACAUUCAUACAAAUGUCCUGUUUGCAAAAAGACAGUUGUGAAUGUAGAAACCCAAUUUAGAAUAUUAGAUCAGGAAAUUCGACAGCUGCCAUUACCACAGCCAUAUAACUUAUGGAGAUGUAUCAUAAGCUGUAAUGACUGCAAAGGUAAAUCUAACGUUCCGUAUCAUGUUCUUGGGUUGAAGUGUAAAUAUUGCAGAAGUUAUAAUACCAACCAACAGAAAUUGAUCAAACCAGAGGAAGAGGAGGAGGAGGAAGAGCAGGAUGAUGAAAAUCAAGACGAAGAGGAUGAUGAUCAGAGCCAUUUGAACCCUAUGCGCUUAAUACAGACGAAUCUCCACAGUAAUUUCCUCAUAGACGAAAAUGCCAGUAAUAUUCCACCCGAAGAAGAUUAUGAUGGGGACAAUAAUAAGAACAGUGACGAUCUGGAUGAAGAAAGCGACCAUGAAAUAUUUGCAAAAAUAAGAAAGCUCACCAACUCGUUCGUGAGUAAUCUAUCUUCCUCGGGGUAUGGAUCGAAUACCUCAACGGUAGGUGACCAGCCUCAAGUUUCGUACAUCACAUCAAUUCUACAAGGCUUUGUGAAUAACGCAACUAAAGACAAAUAUGCCACGAAAUCUAAUACGGAUUCCGAUGCAACGAUGGACGAACCCGAAGCCACCCAUAAUGAAUCCAACAGUGCCCAUAUCGAUAAUAGUACCAUUGCAAAUAAUGGCUCCCAUUAA